GUGAGCAAAGCUGCUCAAGUCUGAGUGCUGUAAAAACCCAGGCGUGGGCUCCUAUAAAUAGCCGACCCUGCCUUGCACUGCGUCUCAGAGGACUGCCAGCCUGCCCCCGCUCGCUCCCACACCUGGGUCGCCCUGGAUCUGCAUACUCAGAGCAAGGUGCCUGCCCAGCUGAAGCCAUGAAGAUGCACAGCCUUGCCCUCCUCUCAUUUCUCCUCCUGGCUGCUCAAGUGCUCUCAGCAAAGGUCAGAAAUGGAACAAAGAACAGACGGGGCAGCAUACCAGAAGGAGAUCCAUCAGUUCCUCUGGGCAAGGGCCAGAGUAAGCAGAGAAGCAGAACAUCCAAGUCCAUGACCAAUGGCAAGUUUGCCACCAAAGAUCAAGCUUCCUGCAGAUGGUCAGUGACUGAGCAGGAGCUGGUCAUCACCCUGAAAGUGGAGUGCACUCGAAUGGACCAGGAGUUUUCUUGUGUCUUUGCCGGAAAGCCAACUAAAUGCCUCAAGCUCAAUAAUGAGAAGGCCUAUUGGAAACAAAUUGUCCGGACGCUGCGCAAACAGAAGAACUUAUGUGAGAACUCCAAGAGUGUCCUGAAGACCAGGGUGUGCAAAAAGCAGUUUCCAGAAUCUAAUCUCAAGUUGGUAAACUCCACUCUGUAUGAGAACAUGAAGCCCAGAAAGGAGAAAACAGAGCUGUCCCCCAAGGAGCAUAUUGAGGUCACCAGCCCUUCCGCCCUGGAGCCAAAUGAGGUCAAAGAGAACAUCCAGUCCAGCCCAGCAGAGACUCAGACUGUGGCCGUCAAAGGUCCGGAAUGUAUGGAGGACCCAGAUGUGGUGAACCAGAGGAAGACUGCCCUGGAGUUCUGCGGGGACUCCUGGAGCUCCUUCUGCAACUUCUUCCUCACCAUGUUUCAGAGCACGACAUGUUAAGAGGUCAAAAGGGACAGUUGCAUCCUAAGCGCCCACCCGCCCCUCCCCCAUGGUGGAAAAGUCUCCAAGUUUCCCACAAGAUAUGAACUUUUGUGUUAUGGAGCGCAGUUCAAUAUUUAAACAGUUUUUAUACUUUUGUUUUUGUGUUCUGGAAUUUGCUUUCUUUCCAUUUCUUUGGAUGUGAGUCUCAAAGACUGUGUAUAUCACUGUAUUUCCAUGGUCCACAAGGCUAUGUGCAUAGGAGCAGCAAAGACUUGCAUUUGAACUGAGCAAACCUCAGUGAGAUUUCAGUCUGAGGCAUUUUCUGCCAAAUUAACAAAGAUAAUAAAGAUCUGGGUGUUCUCAGAAAUACCUUCAGCCAUUGUUUGGUUUCUAUGCCUCUGGUUCCAAACAAGUUUAUGGCUCGUUAUUAACAGACCUCCCUAUAUGAAUGGAAAAAGACCUAAUGAUGACUUCUAGUUCCACCUAUCCCAAGCCAUCCCCUCACAAGACCCAGUCCAGGUUGCCUCUUUACAGUUUUGUCCAUUGGUCUGUGGUAUUUAACGCUUUCUGAAAUGUAAUACCUAGGAUCUCAUUUUCAGUGGGCAUUGAGUAAUAUGGCAAGUUCUCUCAGAUGGUAAGAGGGGAGGUAGGACUGGAACCCAGGAGUUCUGGCAGCUAAACCACAGACUUGAAGACUCAAGUCAGAGCUGCCCGAUCUCCCCGCUUCCCACCAUAUGCAGAAUUCCUCCUCAUGUGGAGCUUGUUUCUGGGUUGGGGGAGAAAGUCUUGGUUAAGUAUGGUGCCCUGUGUUGAGGACUAUAAUGGAAAAAGGAGAAGGCUGAGUGGGAAACUGGAGAGGAGAGAUAGAAACUGCUGCAAAAUCUGGGGUUGACUAUCUCAGAGGAGGGGAUACUAGGACUUGGUUUUGGACAAAACUUUGGGAAUGAAAGGGGACAGAGUGGAGGCAUUUUAGUCAUCUGACAGCACAGAUGACAUCAAAAAGAUAUGAACAUUCCAGAAGCUGGGAAAGCUGGGUGGUUGGAGUGGGACGGGAUACAUGGAGGAGGUUGCUGUGCGCCAUUUACACAUUAGUAGGAAGGAUCUGAAAGUGUGUUAGGAGUGAAGGAGAAAGCAUAGACUUCCCCAACGCCCUGUCACCAUUCCACCAAAGAGGGACAGGGAAGAGCCAGAGUUGGUUCAGAAACAAAAACUAAGGAACGCUGCUCUUUAGCAUCCCGUGAUGGAGUGGGGAGGGAGGGCAAGUGGGGGACAAGCAGAGCCCCUUAUAGUCACCACCCACCAGAGCACCCACAGAGAAUGGCCUCACAAAGGCAUUGACUGUCACCACCCACACUAUGAAACUGACGUGUGGGUCUCUCACCUGCUGCAGGUGGGGCUCUGCGCCACGCUCUUCCCUGCGUUAGGCAUCCAUCCAUCCACUCGCUCACUCACUCACCUGCUCGUUCAACACAAUUUAAGAAGCUCAGACUCCCACCAGGCGAGGUGCUUGACAUGUGCAAAGCACAAAAGAUGGAUGCUUGCUCUCGUGGAACUGGCUGUGGGGAGAGUGGUGAUAGACUCAUCAUCCCCCAAGAGUUAGGAAAAGCACAGCAAGAGUGGGUGAGAGCAAAAGAGAACAGGAGAUUUAGGUGGGCUGGUCAGAAGUGACCUCUCUGUAGGUGACUUUUGAGACUGGACCUAACUGGAAGAAUUGAGCCACGUGACUCUCCAGGAUAAGUAUAUUUGAAACAGAGGAAGCUGUUAGAGCAAAUGCCCUGAGAUUACAAUUAAAUCCACUCAUGCCCUCUUAUAAUAUCUACUAUAUGCUUGGAAUUCUUCUAGAAGCAGAAAAUAGUAGCAAAGAAAAUAGAAAAAAAAAUUCAUCUUCAUGACAUUUCCAGAUUGCCAAGAUUAUGAUGUCAUUGUCAGAUGGAGCCCAAGGUCUGACCUGUGAACCUUGCCACCAACUCCGGGAGAGUUGAACUGAACCCCAAGCUUCCCUCCAAACCUUCUAGCCACCACAAGGAGAGCUGUUUCCUUUUGAAGUGUUACGUUUUCUCAGCUCUGGGGCUCCCUACUCGAUUCCUACAAUUCAGUUCAACCCACCCCUGAUGGGAAAAGACUGUGAUCUCUUCCAGGGGUCACUAAAUAGUGACAGGCUGGUCUGGGUAGGUGUCACGUUGGAGAGCCAGUCUGAAGUCUCUUAUAGAUCUGCUCCAGCCCAUGAGGCUACUGGUUGUGUUCACCCAUGGCUUGUAGCCACGGGCUGACGGGGAGGAGUUCUGCCCUCUGGUACGGUAGUCAGCUGAACCUGGGCUAGAGGUUGUCCUCUGUCUUUUGCUAACCAGGCUGUGGGCCAAUUAAUUAACCCUCUAAUCACAAAUCAGCAUAUCAGGACGAUGGGUUAAUGAGACCCAAAUUUAAGGGUGGCUGGAAGACACACUGGUUGAUGUCUAAAGCAACUAUUACUGCCCCAUCAGUCGUGUGGCAGUGUUCAAUACAAGUGACCACUUGAAGUCCCCAGCACUGGACCAUGCAGGGAGGUAAAGAAUUUCCUAAUAAAAACUCUAGGAGCUAACCCUUCCUUCCUUCCAUCCUUCCUUCCUUCCAUCCUUCCUUCCUUCCAUCUUUCUUUUCUCUCUCUCUCUCUCUCUCUCUGUCUCUCUCUCUCUAAUAAGUGGUGAGGAACGACCAUUACCAUCUGCCUACUGUUGUCCUUACUCUAUUAUUUAAUUCUCUCAGCAACCUUGUCUGGCAGGAUUUCUCAUACUCAUUUGCUAGAUAAGGAAACUGAGGCUCCCAAAAGCUGUGAACUUGUCAGGGUCAUGAAGCCAUAGGUGGCCGCACCUACAAAGAGAAGCCCUGGUCUGGAGGCUCACAAACGCUUUGUCCUCUGAAGCUCAUGAUUUGCUUCACCUGAUGAGAGCAGAGUGACAUAUGUGACCUCAGACAUGAGUCAAACUGAAAGUGAACAGAAUCCAUGGGUCUCUUCUACACACACACACAUCCCCUUGAAUGUCCUUAAAAAGAGAAAGUUCCAGAUCACUCCCAUUUGUGCUUGGCCUUUUAUCAUAACCAGAUUUUGAGUUUGAGGAUAUGUUUUAAAAUCAC